GUCCAAGUGGAUUCGUAAGAGACCGUACAACUAAUCUCCUGUCUCCUAACACGUCUCUCAAAUCUCUAACUAUCUUCUUCUUCUUCUUCUUCUUCUUCUUCUUCUCUCCCCUCACCUGGUUUGACUCAACAACGACUCUGCCGUUCCCUUUUAGCAGCCAUGACGACAACUUCUCCUUGCAGGACCAUAAACGCUAAUAAUGCUGUCACCGCGCCGCCGUCGCCUUCGGGAAUGAUCUUCCACGGCUGUCGUGAUUUCGUUCCGAUCGAUAAGAGACUUGUCAAAUCAAGCUCACGUGGAUUGAAUUUGCCGACGAAGAGAUUGGCUUGGAGCUUAAGUUCUCCGGGGAGGUCGCUCUCUUCUUCUCCCGUGGCGUCUAGUUCUACAUCGGCGGCUGUGACAUCGAAUUCUUCGAAUCAGUUGGAAGCUUUAGAAGAGGGGAUUGAGAAGGUCAUUUAUACAUGUCGAUUCAUGGCGUUUCUUGGAACAUUAGGAUCUCUUUUCGGUUCGGUUCUGUGUUUCAUCAAGGGAUGUCAGUACGUGGCAGACUCGUUUGUGCAGUACACUGUGAAUCGCGGGAAGGUGAUUUUACUUCUGGUAGAAGCUAUAGAUACAUAUCUUCUAGGAACUGUGAUGUUAGUCUUUGGAAUGGGACUUUACGAGCUGUUCAUUAGCAACCUCACGACUUCAGAAACUAUUUCACACGAUAAUGUUUCCAAUAGAUCGAGUCUCUUUGGCAUGUUCCCCUUAAAGGAGCGACCUCAAUGGUUAGAGGUGAAAACAGUUAGUGAGCUCAAAACGAAGCUAGGACAUGUUAUAGUGAUGCUACUGUUGAUUGGUUUGUUCGACAAGAGCAGGAAAGUUGCUAUAACUUCUGUCGCCGACUUGCUAUGUAUCUCUGCUUCUAUCUUUCUUUCUUCGGCUUGUCUCUUCUUGCUCUCUAGGCUCAAUGGCUCACACUGAGCUAAUAGCGUUGCCUUUAAACAUAUGAAACUUUGUAUGAUGUGUAUAAUGUUUUAGUAAAAUUUCACAUUCUCUU